UUGUCAAUACAUAGUUUCGCAUCCAGUGUUCCUGGAAGCUAUAGACAGCGCGUGAUAUCUCGGUUUCUGCACUGCCCCACUCACAGAGAUAUCUUGUACUCCAGAUCUGUCCGUAAGACAAAAUGACGUUGACUCAGGAGAUGCUGAGCUCCCUCCACCUGGCCGAUAAGACAGGAGCCUGGGGUACCCUCGGGACUGUGAAGCCUCUUAAGAACUUUGAGCCGGAGAACGAUGUGCAUAAACUGGCUGAAACCCUAGCAAACAAAGGAAACCGUCAGACCAUUAUUGAUGUGCUGACCAAGCUGGACAAUGACCAACGCCAAGAGAUAUUGCGGUUGUACAAGAAAGAUGUUCAGCAGGAUUUGACAGUGAAUCUCAAAUCAGCCCUAUCCGGCGAUCUGGAGAACGUGAUUUUGGGUUUGCUGAAGACCCCCGCUGCUUAUGCCGCCCAAGAACUCAAAGCAGCAAUGAAGGGGCUAGGUACAGAUGAAGCCACAUUGUCUGAAAUACUUUGCACUAGAUCCAGUCAACAGCUUCAAGAAAUCCAGGCUGUCUAUACGCAAGAAUAUAAAACGGAGCUUGUGAAAGACAUUACUUCUGAUACGACCGAACCAUAUACAGAUCUGCUUCUGGCACUAGCGAAGGGCAAGAGAGAAAAGGAAUCAGGGAUUAUAGAUUAUUUGCUCAUCGACCACGAUUGUAAGACUUUGAGCGAUUUAGGACCCAAGAAGUCCCCCAACAUUGCCCAAUGGAUUACAAUUUUGACAGAAAGGAGUCCGCGGCAUUUGAAAAGAGUGUUUGACAAGUACCAGAGCGCCAAUGCCGUGGAUAUAGAGGAAAGUAUUAAGAGCCAUUUUAAAGGGGAUUUUCAGAAAGGUUUACUGACCCUUGUGGCCGUGAUGAAGAACACACCGCUUUAUUUUGCGGACAGGCUGUACAACGCAAUGAAGGGCAUGGGGACAAAUGAAAAAACUCUUGCGCGCAUUCUGAUCUCCCGGAGCGAAAUAGAUCUCCUGAGCAUCCGAGUGGAGUUCCGGAGAAAAUAUGGGAAGUCUCUCUACUCAUUCAUCAAGAGUGAGGUGAAAGGAGAUUACCAGUCCUGUUUGCUGUCCUUGUGUCGAGCAGAAGACAUAUGAAGAUGUGAAGCCUACCAAUGAAGACGCUUACUAGUCCCAAAACCAAGAUGGAUAUUGAACCGCAACUAGCAAUCAUACAUAAACAUUACGAACCUUCCAUAAAACCUAUAGGACAUUCUCCACCGACCUGCCGUUUAUUUACUCAGUGAUCCCACAUUAGACUAGGAGAAAAUGUUCCCACCAGUGAAGGUUGAGAUCGGUACUCGGGUCAUCUCUGUACAAAACGAUAUUCAUAUUACAGUUCUCACGCAGGGAAACGAUCACCAGGAAAUUUCCGUAAAAACCC